AUGCCACCUGCGACUGCAGAUCUUGCAACAACAUGGGCUUUCCUUGAGGAGGGGGUGGACCACAUCAUGACCAAGCUCCAGACGGGUGUCUCAUACUCCAAGUACAUGAGCCUCUACACUGUGGCUUACAAUUAUUGCACGUCCUCGCGCAUGCAUAAUACCACUACAGAUACCGUUGGACAGGGAAGUCGAACAGGGGCUAAUCUGAUGGGCUCGGAUCUGUACAACAAUCUCAUUCGGUAUUUUAUCACCCAUCUCAAGCUCCUCAAGGAUCAAUCCGAUUCCCUCCAAGAUGAAGCUCUCCUACGAUACUACGCCAGUGAAUGGGACAGAUAUACGACCGGCGCUAACUACAUCAAUCGAUUAUUUACAUAUCUCAAUCGCCACUGGGUGAAGCGAGAAAGGGAUGAAGGUCGGAAAGGAGUAUAUCCUGUAUAUACCCUUGCACUCGUGCAGUGGAAAUCAAAUUUCUUCCUCCACGUGCAAAGCAAGCACACAAAGCUCGCUGGUGCCAUCCUCCGAUUGAUCGAGCGCCAAAGAAAUGGCGAGACGAUCGAUCAAGGUCUGGUGAAAAAAGUGGUCGACUCAUUCGUUUCACUUGGUCUCGACGAGUCAGAUAUCAACAAGGCGUCGCUCGACGUCUACAGGGAGCAUCUGGAGACACCGUUCCUUGACGCAACGGAGAAAUAUUACGAGCAGGAAUCUGAGGCAUUCCUCGCAGAGAGCAGUGUAUCUGACUACCUGAAAAAAGCCGAAGAGCGUUUGAAGGAGGAAGAGGAUCGUGUCGACCGAUACCUAAACACUGACACACGGAAGCAGCUUGUCAGCAAAUGCGAGCAUGUGUUGAUUCGUCAACACUCUGAUCUUAUGUGGGAAAGCUUCCAAAGCUUGCUCGAUUUUGACAAAGACGAAGACUUGCAGAGGAUGUACGCAUUGUUAUCGCGCAUACCCGAAGGCCUGGAGCCUUUGAGAAAGAAAUUUGAGGAACAUGUGAAGAAGGCCGGUCUGGCUGCUGUUGCAAAACUCUUGGGCGAAGGAUCAGAUGGUGCAGAUUCGUUGGAUCCCAAGGCAUACGUCGAUGCACUGCUUGAGGUCCAUCGCAAGAACUCGGACACCGUUACGAGGAGCUUUAGGGGAGAAGCUGGCUUUGUCGCGUCGCUCGAUAAGGCAUGCAGAGAGUUUGUCAAUCGCAAUUCUGCAACAGGUUCGUCGACGACAAAGUCGCCAGAAUUGCUCGCCAAGCACGCGGAUAUGCUGCUUCGCAAAAACAACAAGAUGGCUGAGGAGGAGGACCUUGAAGGUGCUUUGAACCGCGUGAUGGUACUUUUCAAGUACAUCGAGGACAAGGACGUCUUCCAGACGUUCUACGCUACGAAACUGUCCAAGCGCCUAAUUCACGGCGUAUCUGCAUCGGACGAGAGCGAAGCGAGCAUGAUCUCCAAGUUGAAGGAGGCUUGUGGCUUCGAGUACACCAACAAGUUACAAAGAAUGUUCACCGACAUGAGCCUCAGUAAAGACCUAACUGAUCAGUUCAAGGAGCGAAUGGCAAAUCACGAGGACAUGGACAUCAACUUUUCCAUCAUGGUCCUUGGCACGAACUUCUGGCCACUCAGCGCACCAAACAACGACUUUAUCAUUCCUCCCGAAAUUCUUCCUACGUACGACCGCUUCUCCAAGUACUACCAAACAAAGCACUCUGGCCGCAAACUAACCUGGUUGUGGAAUUACUCAAAGAACGAGCUGAGGACGAACUACCUCAAUCAGAAGUACAUCUUGAUGACCAGUUCUUAUCAAAUGUCCGUUCUUCUACAGUACAACAAACACGACACGUUAUCACUGGAGGAGUUGAUUACUGCCACGGCUAUCAGCAAGGACAUUUUGUCUCAGGUACUCACGCUUUUGGUGAAGGCCAAAGUUCUUAUCAACGAAGAGACCGAUCAAUAUGAUUUGAACCCCAACUUCAAGUCUAAGAAGAUCCGUGUCAACUUGAAUCAGCCAAUCAAGGCUGAGGUGAAAGCCGAGUCCUCGGAGGUUCUCAAAACUGUUGAUGAGGACCGUAAAUAUGUGAUCCAGGCCACUAUUGUUCGGAUCAUGAAGGCGCGCAAGACGAUGAAGAACCAGCCUUUAAUUCAGGAGGUGAUUUCUCAGAUUUCACAACGAUUCGCCCCCAAGAUUCCCGAUAUCAAGAAGGCAAUUGAUACACUAUUGGAGAAGGAAUAUAUUGAGCGUGUCGACGGUACGAGAGACACAUUUGCAUAUGUGGCAUGA